UUUCAUUCUGUUUUCCGGGUUUAGCAGUUGUAUAAUUUUCAUUACCCCGGACGCAAAAUAAAUAAUAGUCGCAAUUACCGAAAAAAUGGAUUUUUCAAGCGAUACAGAUCAAAUCUGUCGACUGUGUUGUGAAUCAAAACUACGCCUGAACGAUAUAACCCUGCUUGAGUAUAACCAGAAAUGUCUUUUAAUGCAAUUUUUUGCAGAGGUUCUUCGUUUGGAGUAUGAUCCCGAUGAUGGUUUGCCACAAAAAAUAUGUAAACACUGCAUAACUACUGUGGCCAACAUAAAUGAAACUAUUGAAGACAUUCGAGCUAAUGAUGCGAUGCUACGGAAACGAUUUUGUGAUGAGAUCAAGCUGGAGAAGGUUGAAAUGGUUGGACCAACAGAAACUCUGAUUCCUAUCGAAACCGAGGAAACUAAUGAUGAGACAUAUGCUGAACCAUUGAAUAACGUAGAAUAUCUGGACCAAGACGAGCAUGUUUUACAGUCCUAUCUUAGCGGAAAGACAGAACAGACAGAUGAAGACCAUAGUGAAACGAUACUAGCAGAAUCGUUGAAGCUGCCGUCCGAAGACGAAUUCGAACCCCAACCAGAAUCAGAGUCCGAGCAGUCACUGUUGCAAGAAAAACCAUGCGCAACACGAAAAAAAGACAACACUAAAACCAAUAGGAAACAGCCUAGAGUACCUGCAAGACGCGGUCGCAAGCCUGGACCUAAAAUGGAUACCUCGAACCGACCCCGCUUGAAUGAUAAUAAAUGCUAUGUGUGUAAAAGUGACUCCCUGGGAUCUAAAGAGGCUCUCCUGGCUCACCUGCACUCCCACUCGGACAUGUUGCCCUACACAUGUAAAAUAUGUGUGAAGGAAUAUAUCGUCAUUGACAGUGUCACGACGUUAAACGUUCACAAACGCAUGCACGAGAAUCCUGUCAAAUGUAAUUAUUGCGACCGGCGCUACAGUGAUAAGCGCAAUGUUGCGCUUCACGUACAGCAGUUCCAUCUUGGCGAAACUACACCCUGUCCGUUUCCCUGCAACCAAUGUGGAAAAGUUUGUUCCUCAAAGAUGUCAUUAAAACUGCACCAAGUUUUACACAACAAACCCUUCAAGUGUGAUCGAUGCGAAAAAGUGUUCAGCCAGAAAAGUAAACUGCGUCGUCACAUCGAAAGGCGGCACGAGCGCACUAAGCAAUACGAGUGCCAUAUCUGUCACAAACUGUUACAUUCGUUGGAUGCAGUUCAACAACACAUCGAAAACAUGCACACGGAAAAAUCGCUAAUUUGCUCGUACUGUUCGAAAAAGUUCAGUUCUAAAACACUGCUGCGUAAUCAUGAGAAUGUGCACAAACGCAAUCCCGAAUACAGAGCACCACAAAGUUGGACAUCCUUCUAUACGCCGCUAGAAGGCGAAAACGAAGGGUACUCGAAGUGCCACGUUUGCAACAUGAAGUUCAAAUCGAUAGUGGCACACUUGAGGCAGAUUCAUUUUCCAGAGGAGUACCACUGCCAGACUUGCGGAGCAAUUUUCAAACGCAAAGAAGCGUACGAAACGCACGUCCUGGAGCACGUUCAAGGGAAAGCCUUCCAGUGUCCGAUAUGUGGAAGAGAGUUCUCUGAGCGGAAACUCCUGGUAUGUCAUCUCAGGACCAAGAAGCACAAGGAUCAUCCAUUGGCUAAAUCGCUUGACUGGUUGGCGCGUAAGCGUCAAAAUACCCGCCACAAAAGCGAAGAACAGGACAGUGAUCUGCUUGACGACGUGCUGGUGUGAUUUAUGGUGUGAUUAUUUAAAUGUAAAUUGUGGGACACUAAAUCAAUGUAAAUUGUGGAACAAAUAUGGUGCGCUGUUGUGGCCGAUGAAAUAUAUAAUAAAGGUUGAGUAAUUGAAGCAUGUUCGUAAAACCAUUAGAUUUUAAAUACAACUGGAGAAAUUAACUUCAAAAUGUAUAUUCAAAUCGUUAUCAACCGAAUCCAUCUGUUCAGAACAAACAAUAAACGAUGCAGAUCAAAACGUUUUUCAAAUAAAUUUAGUGCAAGAGUUUCAAGGAACGUGACGUCAAAUAU